GGGGGGGAGUCCGGAUAGAAAAAUCGGCGCAUCGGGAAUCGAACCGGCGACCUCGGGAGUCAGAAGCAGGAGUCAUACCGAUCGGCACAAGCGGCUCCCCUUCAGAUGCACAUUGUGAUGCAGCGCGUCACAUGCCCCGCGUGCGACUGCCCGCCUUUGUACGAGACGUACAAGAUAUUGCGGUUUUUGGCGGCGUACCCCGGUGUCCUGGCCCGCUUUCCCGGUGUCACGGCGUCGCGAUAUGGCGCGAGGCUGCACACGCCCCCGGAGUACCCAGUGACGGUCGGCUCGUGGCGUUUUGCGCUGCCUUGCUCGACCUUGCGCACGAGUUUCUCAUUCUCGCACCAGAGGCUGGUCAUGUUGGACGGCGGUCUUCCAUACUGCCACUUGCCCCACGUCGGUGCGAAUGUCGGCUACGGCAAGGGUACAUAA